GGCUCAGCAGCUCGCGUCCCACGAUGCACAGGGGCCGCUCGGCCUCCGCUCGCCAGGAGCGCGACUUCCGGGCCCUCAUGGACCUGGCCCACGGCUUCAUGGCCUCCCAGGUGCUGUUCGCGGGCUGCGCGCUCCGCGUGUUCGACGCCGCGGCCCUGGGCCCCGUGGACGCCGCGGCGCUGGCGAGGUCGUCGGGCCUGAGCCCCCGGGGGACGCGGCUGCUGCUCGACGCCUGCGCGGGGCUGGGGCUGCUGGGGAGACGCAGGGGGGCGGGGCCGCGCGGCCCCGCCUACACCAACUCCCCCCUGGCGUCCACCUUCCUGGUCGCGGGCAGCCCCCUGUCUCAGCGCAGCCUCCUGCUCUACCUGGCGGGCACCACCUACCUGUGCUGGGGGCACCUGGCGGACGGCGUGAGGGAAGGGCGGAGCCAGUACGCGAGGGCCGUGGGCGUCGACGCGGACGACCCCUUCACCGCCAUCUACAGGUCGGAGGCCGAGCGCCUGCUGUUCAUGCGGGGCCUGCAGGAGACCUGGAGCCUGUGCGGGGGGCGGGUCCUCACGGCCUUCGACCUCUCGCCCUUCAGGGUCAUCUGCGACCUCGGUGGUGGGUCCGGGGCGCUGGCCCGCAUGGCCGCCCGGCUCUACCCGGGCAGCGAGGUCACCGUGUUCGAGACGCCCGACGUCGUCGCUGCCGCCCGCGCCCACUUCCCGCCCCCAGCGGACGAGGACGGGGCGGAGCCUCGUGUGUGCUUCCUGUCAGGCGACUUCUUCCGCUCGCCGCUGCCGCCCGCCGACCUCUACGUCCUGGCCCGGGUCCUGCACGACUGGGCGGACGCCGCCUGCGUGGAGCUGCUGCGGCGCGUGCGGGGUGCCCUGCGGCCAGGCGGCGCGGUGCUGCUGGUGGAGAGCGUGCUGUCCCCGGGAGGGGCGGGGCCGACGCGGACGCUGCUGCUGUCGCUCACGAUGCUGCUGCAGGCCCGGGGCCGCGAGCGCACGGAGGCCGAGUACCGGGCGCUGACCGCGCGUGCCGGCUUCUCCCGCCUGCGGCUGCGGCGCCCGCGGGGCCCCUACCACGCCAUGAUGGCCGCCCGGGGGGGCGGGGCCGGGGCGCGGAGCGACGGCGGCGGCGGGGACGCGACGUCACAGACAGGAAGUGGGACAGGAAGUGAGGUCGGCGCCCAGGACUGAGGCA